AUGCAAGGUUCCAUUAAUGGCCUUAGGACUCUUAUAGAGAAUGAGUGUAAAGAAGCUUAUUUUGUCCACUGCUUUGCUCACCAACUUCAAUUGACUCAAGUUGCACUUGCUAAAAAGAAUUCAGAUUGUGCUUGGUUAUUUGUUAAUGUACUUGCACCUCUCUUGAAUUUUGUGGGGGGUUCACCAAAAAGGAAAGUGUUUAUUUGUGAAAAUCAAGCUCAAAGAGUGGUGGAAGCUUUGUCUCUAGGUGAACUUGAAACGGGUUCAGGUUUAAAUCAAGAAUGUGGAUUAGGUAGACCUUGUGAUACUCGUUGGGGAUCUCACUUCAAGACAAUCUUGAAUGUACUUGAUUUAUACCCUGUAAUCCUUGGUUCUCUUGAGGAUAUUGCAAAAGUAUCAGAUACAAUAGAUUCUAAUAGAGCUCAAACACUUACAAAUUUUCUGAUGUCCUUUGAUUUUGUGUUUGUGGCACACUUGAUGGUUAGUAUAUUUGGGAUAAAAAAUACCUUGAAUGUGGCCUUACAAAAGCACGAUCAAGACAUUGUGAAUGCAAUGGCCAUGGUUAAUGUAACCAAGACUAAUUUGCAAAGAAUGAGAGAUGAAGGAUGGGAUUCUCAUAUGGAAAAGGUCAUUUCUUUUAUUGGUGACUAUAACAUUGCAGUUCCAAAUAUGGAGGAUAAAUAUGUUGUUCCCGGGAGGAGGUUGUUUAGAGGUAAAGGCCCACAAGUGUCUAAUCUACAUCAUUUUCGAGUUGAAUUUGACAAGGAAAAAUUGAUUAAGCUUGCGAAAUUCUAUCCUACUGAAUUUCCAAGUUCAGAAUUGAUAAUCUUUGGUCAUACACUUGAGAGUUACAUUUGUUUUGUUAGAGGAGAUGAAAGGUUUUGGAAUUUGAAGGGUCUUAGUGAGCUUUCAAUCAAAUUGGUUGAAACGGGAUUGUCUGAAACUCAUGAUAGGGUCUAUUUACUUUUGAAGUUGGUGUUGCUUCUUCCUGUCGCAACGGCAAGUGUGGAAAGGGUAUUUUCUGGCAUGAAGCACGUGAAAGACAAACUACGAAAUAGCAUGGGAGAUCAAAUGUUGAAUGAUUGUUUGAUUACUUGUUUAGAGAAUGAUUUGUUUUCGAAUGUUAGCAUGGAAGAUAUCAUAAAUCGAUAUCAAAACAUGAAAACUCGUCGAGAACUAUUGUAA